AUGGGAUUUAUAUCGUACUUAAUUGACUUAAUGGCGAGUUCGUGUGAAGGUGCACAAGGCUGGAUGGCAGACUGGACGGUGAUGGCGCCCUGGCCAAAUGCCUAUGGAAAGAGAACUCGCUGUGAAGAACUGAAUCUCUCAAAAACAAGAUUUCUCGACGAUGAAUGGACUACACACGAUUACAUAGACUUCACCGCCAUCGUCCUCGCCAUCACCCUCCUAACCGCCUCAACCAUCGUCUUGAUAUGUCGCUGCUGCUUGCCCAGGAUUCUCGCAUGGACGUCGAGAUGGUCGGCGACCACGCUCGACUCAACGCGUCCAAUGAGACUUAGAUAUAAGACGCCCUCUAACGACCAAAUAUGGAAACAAUGCGACAGCUGCCACCGCCUGGUGCGAAUUCAGAGGAAAAAGGUGGAAAAAAACCUAAAACAAUGUAGAUGA